GGCUAUGCGAUCUUUCGGAUGGGGACAGGUGGAUUGCAAUAGGGAGGACAGUGUAGACUGCUAAUGCAAAGGCCUGGUGGUGGGGGCAUGUUGGGCCGGCAGAAGGAGGCUGGGGUGGCUGGAAGGGAACAAGCAGAAAGCGGAGGGUUUGCAGAAGGCGCUCAGAAAGUAGGCGGAGGCAACUGGGUACCUACGAGGCUCAAUGCGCCCUAUUCCACCGGAGGCGCCACACCCCAAAUGGCGGCUCGAGGUCCGCUGUAGGCGAGCGGAAGUGCGUAUUGCGGACGCCGGAAGUUGUGUUCAGCCCCGCCCCUUGCCGGGUCUCUUGAGCCGCGGACGCGCCGGCUUCCAGCAUCCUUGGCGGGGCAGACGGGAGGCCUCGAAGCUGCGGCUCCUGCGGCCGCGGCACGGCCGGCCGGCGACAUGGCCAGCUCUGGAGAGGACGUGUCCAAUGAGGAUGAUGUGCCCCCAGCAGCGGCUGAUGUGGCAGGUGGCGCCCACCUGCUGGGGUUUUCUGAUGAGAUCCUGCUGCACAUCCUGAGCCACGUCCCUAGUAUAGACCUGGUUCUGAAUGUCCGUCAUACCUGCCGGAAGCUCGCAGCCCUGUGUCUUGAUAAGAGCCUUGUCCACACCGUGUUGCUGCAGAAGGACUAUCAGGCCAGUGAGGACAAGGUGAAGCAGCUGGUGAAGGAGAUUGGCCAGGAGAUCCAGCAGCUGAACAUGGCCGGCUGCUACUGGCUCUCAGGUUCCACCAUUGAGCACGUGGCCCGCUGCCGUGGCCUGGUGAAAGUGAACCUCUCGGGCUGCCACCUGACCUCUCUGCGCCUCUCCAAGGUGCUCUCGGCCCUACAGCAUCUACGCUCACUGGCCAUUGAUGUGAGCCCCGGCUUCGAUGCCAGUCAGCUGAGCAGUGAAUGCAAGGCCACGCUGAGCCGGGUGCGGGAACUCAAGCAGACGCUCUUCACGCCCUCCUAUGGUGUGGUCCCAUGCUGCGCCAGUCUCCAGAAGCUGCUUCUCUACUUUGAGAUCCUGGACCGCACGCGCGAGGGCGCUGUCCUCUCAGGCCAGCUCAUGGUGGGCCAGAGCAAUGUGCCCCACUACCAAAACCUGCGUGUCUUCUACGCGCGCUUGGCCCCCGGCUACAUCAACCAGGAGGUGGUGCGGCUGUAUCUGGCAGUGCUCAGCGAUCGCACACCCGAGAACCUGCAUGCCUUUCUCAUCUCUGUCCCUGGCAGCUUCGCCGAGAGCGGAGCCACCAAGAACCUCCUGGACUCCAUGGCCCGAAACGUGGCCCUGGACGCCCUGCAGCUGCCCAAGUCCUGGCUGAAUGGCUCCUCGCUCCUCCAGCACAUGAAGUUCAACAAUCCCUUUUACUUUAGCUUCAGCCGGUGCACACUGUCUGGUGGCCACCUGAUCCAGCGGGUCAUCAAUGGCGGGAAGGACCUCCGCAGCCUGGCUAGCCUGAACCUCAGUGGCUGCGUGCACUGCCUGUCCCCUGAUUCCCUGCUGCGCAAGGCAGAGGAUGCUAUCGAUAGCAGUAUCCUGGAGACGUUGGUGGCAGCCUGCUGCAACCUGAGGCACCUGAACCUCUCAGCAGCACACCACCACAGUGCUGAGGGCCCAGGCGGCCACCUCUGUCAGCUCCUGGCCCGGCUACGCCACCUGCGCUCCCUGUCCCUGCCUGUGUGCUCUGUUGCGGAUGCGGCAGCCUGGGCUGACCGUGUUCCUGUGCAGCCGGUGAUGCGUGCUGUGCCCCGUGGCUUUGGCAAGAAGGUGCGCAUAGGUGUGCAGACCUGCCCCAGCCCCUUCCUAGGCCAGGCAGCCCCCCAGCCUUCCUCUGUGUUCUGGUCUCUUCUGAAGAACCUACCCUUUCUGGAGCACCUCGAGCUGAUUGGGUCCAACUUUUCCUCAGCCAUGCCACGCAAUGAGCCUGCCAUCCGCAACUCCCUCCCACCCUGUAGCCGGGCACAGAACGUUGGGGACUCGGAAGUGGCUGCCAUUGGCCAGUUGGCCUUCCUGCGGCAUCUGACACUGGCCCAGCUGCCGGGGAUCCUGACUGGCUCUGGGCUGGUCAGCAUCGGCUUGCAGUGCCAGCAGCUGCAGUCCCUCUCGCUGGCCAACCUGGGCAUGAUGGGGAAGGUGGUCUACAUGCCUGCCCUCUCGGACAUGCUGAAGCACUGCAGGCGGCUAAAGGACCUCAGGCUGGAGCAGCCCUACUUCAGCGCCAACGCACAGUUCUUCCAGGCGCUGAGCCAGUGCUCCUCGCUGCAGCGUCUGUGCCUGGUGUCCCGCAGCGGCUCCCUCCAGCCCGAGGCCGUGCUGGCCUUCAUGGCUCGUUGUCCGCACGUCGUCGUGUGCCACAUGUUCACUGGCGAGUCCCUCGCCACCUGCAAGAACCUGCAGCAGUCGCUCCUCCGCAGUUUUCAGGCUGAGAGACCCGCGUUGAACGUCGUCAUCUUCCCUCUGCUCCACGAGGGCCUGACAGAUGUCAUCCGAGAUGUGCCCAUGGUACACCUGGACGAGAUCACCUUGUUUAAAAGCCGAGUGGCUGAGGAGCCCCCAAACCUGUGGUGGUGAGAAGCCCAGCCAGCACCAGUCAGCUUCCCUCGGUCUCAGUUACCACAAAGACGCCCUGCUGCCCCCUGCAGGCCUCCAAGGAGCCUGUGGACACUGGGACCCCGUGGUUUUUCAGAGGAAGAAAGUGUCUCUCAGGCCACCCCGCGGCAACCCCCUGGCUCCCCGUGUUUCCUCUUGCUUUCCUCUUGCAUAGUAUGGUUUACAUUGAGGGUUUGCGUUCUGGAUGAUGGAAGGGGACAGGCAGCCAUCAGCGAGGGCAGUGGUUGAGCUGUGCUGGCCUGGGGCCUGGCCAGUUGCAUCCCUUCCCGGGGCCUGCCUUGCUAGAUCGUCCACUCUCCACGCCUGCCUGCAUGCCGGGGUGCUGGGUGGGCUGCUGGCCCUGCCCAUGCUGUACUUCAGCCAUAGGAGUGUCCUUGCUCCUGUGUUAGUGUCCUCAGCCAUCGGGCCCCAUGGACAGGUGACUGCCCAUCUAUCGGGGGUAAGGUGGCAUCUCCUUGAGGUGGCGGGAUGUCCACAAGUUUGGUGGCUGCAGAAUUGGGGUGCUUUCUACCAUGAAGACAUUAAGGCUGGGGUGGCUCAGUGGUAAAGCUCUUGCGAAGCAUGUGCUGAGGCCCCGGGUUCCAUCGCCAACACCACGAAAAAAAAAAAAAGAUGCCCAGCUAUGUCUGAGAGGUGUUUCUCUAGGUGAUGCCUGUACCCAGAGGGGACCCCAGGGCAGGGCUGCUGGGUGGGGCUCUCCUGGGCUAGGCCUUGGGAGCUGAGCUGUGUCCCCAGGGGCCACGAUUCGUGGCACUGGCUCUAGAAACUUUAGCUCCCCUGAAGUGCUGUGUACCUCGGAGGAAGCACAUGCCCUUGGCUUUGUUAGAAUAAACUCCAGAUCGGAUGCUUAAGGUUGGAGUAGUAGUCAGAUCCCCCUGCUGCAGGUGACCUUAUUUAGUUUUAGAAACAAAUCCUACAAAACUGUUCCAGAAAUGAAGAAGGUCCCUCCGGUGUCUGGGGCCUCACACUUGACUGGCUGGCCGCUGUGUUUGCUCCUAGGACUCCUGGCACCAUGUCCCAUGGCCGGGGGUUUCGGAGGGGCCCUGGUUGAGUCCUGUCUUCCUGGACUCCCACCCCAGCCGCAUCCAGGAUUGGUCCCCUGCAGCCCUGGUGUCACCUGAUGCAUCCAUUCUGGCUGCGGGGUCUGUGCAGUGGCUGCUUCCCGAUCCCCUGGGCUAGGGCUGCAGAGCCACCAGGCCCCCUCAUUGCGGAGCUUCCACCCACACCCGCCUGCUCUUUUCCUCUGGGUUUCUGUUGCAGCAGGUUCCUGCACAGUGCAGUGGUGUCCUGCACGCUCCCUGCUGAUGCAGAAGCAGGUAAACUAGUCCCUGGGUGGGGGCCGGCCUUGCCUGGGCCCUAUGGGCCAGCUGCUCAGAAGCUCUGCCCAGCCCAGGGAUCCUGGGGCCCUCCCGUGUGGCUGGGGCCCAGCCUGGCACUUGCAUUGAUCCUGGUCUCCACAAGGUGUGAGUCCGGCCUCUCCCCUGCUCUUCCUCCUGUCUGUCCCUGCCCUGCCCCGGCAGCUCACUUUUGUGUGCACAGGUGGGUCUAUGUCAAAGGCCCUCUCCCUCUGCACCGUUUUUCUUGUGUGAGGGAAUCCUCACCCCUCUCUAAAGCACAGGUCCCCCCUAUCCUGUCCCAGGCUACAGUCAGCCAAGGGACCUUUGCCUGCUGGCUAGACCUGGAGCCUUCACCCUGGGAAUCCUGACCUUGCCUCUGAGAGCUGCAAACCCAGCCUGUCCCCUCCUGGCAUUGCAGGCCAUAGGACAGGCUGCCUGGGGACCUGGGGGCAGGGCCAGGGUCUCACACAGCUGUAGACAAGGGUCGGAAGGGUGGUGACAAAUCCCACCCCACCCCGUUACUGGACAUUUCUUUAGAACUUAAACUGGCACCUGAAGGCCACUAGUGAGGGUGUUCAGGUUACAUUCUGUGGGCCCCUGGGACUGGUGGCUUGUCCUCAAAGUGAGAGUGUGGCUGGUCAUAGCCUGACAGGCCCAGGAGAGAGGCAGGUGACCUGGAAGGUCCUGGAACCUCAGAGGCCCUGUGACUUUGGGCUCUGACUGCCCUGGCCUGAGCCCUUCUUUGCUCUGCAGCUCAGCAGAGACUGUCUUUCCACUAGGAGUUUUUCUAAAAGGCUGAAGCUGUGUUGGGGAUGUUGCCCGGGUGGCCUCUCCUUGGCAGCAAGCCAUGUACCCAGCAGCAUUAAUUUAUUCUCAUAAAAAGGGCUGGGUGGGGCGGGGGCUGUCAGGAGCCGCUGGGGGUACAAGCAGCCUCAGAAAGCGGCGCCCAGGCAGUAGACCGUGUAGUGUAGUGUCCCUGCAACAGUCCUUUGACUUAGAGUGAGAAUUUUCACUCCUGCCCCGAGACAGGGUCACAGAUGUCAGCAACGGGCUUACUCUCUCUAAGUGCUGUUUUGGCACCGAUAUUAAUUGCGAUCAAUAUUUGGUAGCGUUUUACACUGGGAAGAGGACCCACCCUAAUGUCCCCAGUUGGCAGGACUGGGCUAUUCAGUGGUGGACCGUAUGCUGCCUGCCAAGGAGCAUUGCCUGUGAGCCUGUGCGUGUGUCUGCACCUGCACACGUGCCCAUGUGUUCAUUGGUGCCCGUCUGUACGCAUCUGCACACGAGUCUGCGUCCACUGUGUGCAUGUAUGUGCACGUGAGUUUGACUGGGGAGGUGGGCAGGAGGGAGGAGGUCAGUGCAUUUAUUUCUUUGUUAUUAAGAAGAGAAAUCCCAUGAUCUGUGGCUGCCACCUCCGCCUCAGCCCAAACCAGCCACCCUGGUCUCCUGCCGUCUGGCAGGCCGUGUGUCCUGAGGCCCUGCAGCCUGCUCGGCAUGGCAGCGUGCUGGCCCUGGGCUUCUGAAGGGAAGGCUUUUCUGCCCCCAGAUCCCCUUCCUGCCCCGGGGUGGCUUUCCUUAUUUUUAUAGCAAGUGAUCUUGUCCAGAGACAGGAGCACUUCAGUCCUUCUUACCACAGGGAUGUGGUCACCCCCUCUCCCCCCCAAUAGUGCCCUGCAGAGACCGUGCAAGGACCUGGGCUGGGAAGCUCGGGCUCGGGAUUGCGGCCAGUCCAGCUGAGCUCCUCAGGCUGAAAGUGAGCUGGGCUUGUGCUGAGGGCCGCAGCUCCCUCACCUGCUCCCUGCACCAGCACCCAAUGCUGAGGCCCACUCGCUGGAUGGUGCAGGGCUGGCCCGGGUCAGUCUGUUGGGCAGUGGAGCUGUGGGAGUUAAGGCUGAGCCUCUGGGGGUCCAGGAGCAUGUCCCCAGCUGGGACCUGUGUGGUGGUGCUCCCUUAGGGAGGAUGGGGGCAGCCCUCACCCCGGCUUGUGCUCCCCUUCAUUGUGAUCUGCCCCUCUCAGGAUCUAAAACUCCCAUGCUCCUGUGGGGGAAAGGAGACAGACCUGGGGUGAGCGGGGCAGUGAAGCCCAGAGCUGAGGCGCACCGUGCCCCCUGCGUGUGGCAGGCCUUGCUGCCUGCCCUUCUCGGAGGCCCAGCCACAACACCAGGGGCUCUUUGUACUGGUGUCAUUUGCAUUUGGGGGCACAGGGUUCUAAUGAGCAGUUACCAGGGUCCAUGGGGCACAAUGAACAAGUAUUCCACAGAAGCUUCCGCCUGGCGUCAGUCCCACGCAGGCUGAACGACAUCGCCACAGUCACUCUGCUUGAGAGCCACUGCCACAGGCCGGGUGCUGACUGGUUGCAUCUGCCACAGAGCCACAGAAGCUGCUGCUGCUGCGAAGCCCAGGAAGCCCAGGGUGGCAUGUGAGCGGAGCCCUGGCCACUGUGCUGUGGCCACGGCCUGUGUGAGCAGGAACGAGCGCGUGUGAGCAGGGACGUCCGAGGCAAGCAGGAGUGUGCUGUGCAUGUGCGCAUGUGUGCGCUGUUCGUGGGUGGCAUGCGUCCCACAGUGGCAUCUCCCCAGCCUCUGCGCUGCCACCUGUGACCAGUACCAGGACCUGCCUGCGUGCUUUGCCUGGAACCAGCUGAACUCAGGGUGGAUUUUUUUUUGGGGGGGGGAGGGGCUGAAGCCUGUCCCUGGCCCAGGGGUCUCCUAGCGUCUUGUGGCCAGGUGCUAAACCACCACUCCUGCCUUCUGAUGACCAACUCCCCUCCCUGCCCAGCUGGUGGAACUGCCCAUGUGUGGCCUCUUACAGUGACACCCACUUCUAAAUUUGGUGUUCUAACAAACUACAUUCUGAAUGGGUAUUUUCAUGUACAUUUGUGGCAUGUGGAAAAUUUCAAAUAAAGUGGACUUGAUUUACACAGCCA